GCCUGAAAAAGUCGUAUUGAAGUACGGACAGAGUUCAGUUUCAAAGCAGGCAGAGAAAGAACGGGAAUGCUGUUCAGGAAAUUCUUCAGGCAUGGGCAGGGACUUGGCUGCUUCUUUGCACUUGGAAAAUCUGACUGGGGCAGCUUCUGAACGCAGGCAGGGCCUGCUCCCCCUCAGCAGCCGCCGCCCCAGUGGCCGCCUCCUUCACGGCACUCGGCACCCUCCCGGAUCCGAGGCGGGUUUUCGUCGGCUGCUUUGUGACAAGAGAGAUGCCUCAGGAACAGUACACACACCACCGAAGCACAAUGCCCAGUGCUGAGGGGCCACAGGUAUACAAAGUGGGGAUUUAUGGCUGGCGGAAGAGAUGCCUGUAUUUCUUUGUUCUGCUCCUCAUGAUUUUAAUACUGGUGAACUUGGCCAUGACCAUCUGGAUUCUCAAAGUCAUGAACUUCACAAUUGAUGGAAUGGGCAACUUGAGAAUCACAGAAAAAGGCCUAAAGCUGGAAGGAGAUUCAGAAUUUUUACAACCUCUCUACGCCAAAGAAAUCCAGUCCCGACCGGGUAAUGCCCUGUACUUCAAAUCUGCCAGAAAUGUUACAGUAAACAUUCUCAAUGACCAGACUAAAGUGCUCACUCAGCUGAUAACAGGUCCAAAAGCUGUAGAAGCUUAUGGCAAAAAGUUCGAAGUAAAAACUGUUUCUGGAAAAUUGCUCUUCUCAGCAGAUGACAAUGAAGUGGUCGUUGGAGCGGAGAGAUUAAGAGUUUUAGGAGCUGAGGGAACAGUGUUCCCUAAAUCUAUAGAAACACCUAAUGUCAGGGCAGAUCCCUUCAAGGAACUCAGGUUGGAGUCCCCGACCCGAUCGCUAGUGAUGGAGGCCCCCAAAGGAGUCGAGAUCAAUGCAGAAGCUGGCAACAUGGAAGCCACCUGCAGAACCGAGCUGAGACUGGAGUCCAAAGAUGGAGAGAUUAAGUUAGAUGCCGCGAAAAUCAAACUACCCAGGCUGCCUCAUGGCUCCUACACACCCGCAGGAACGAGGCAGAAGGUCUUCGAGAUCUGCGUCUGCGCCAACGGGAGAUUAUUCCUGUCCCAGGCAGGAACCGGUUCCACUUGUCAGAUAAACACAAGUGUCUGCCUUUGAGAGACAAUCCGUCGUGGACAUUGUUGGCAGCAAAAAAGGCCUUUUUUGGCUUUAGAUUCUGGCUGCCAGCUAUUUUUACUAGAACACAGAAAGCCUAUCAAAGACCUUUUGUGUAUAUGAGUAUGAGAGAGUGUGUGUUUGUUCGUGUGUGCGUGUGUAUGUUUGUGAGAGUGAAUAUAAAUAUAUAUAAAUAUAUAUAAAUAAAUAUAUAUAUAUAUCCUCUGUAU